AUGAAUGAAGUGGAGGAUGUUGCAGGGGCGAUUAAAGGUGGUGUUGAUUCACUUCUGGACGAUGAUCGCAAACCCAGAAGACACAGUGACAAGUUUAAGCUUGGAAGAGAAAUAAGCAGGGACAGCAUGGACAGGAAGUGCACAUAUAAUAACAGCAGUGAUUGGUGCUGGAGUGUUGUCUAUUCCUUGGGUCAUGGCACAAUUGGGAUGGAUAAUUGGCAUAUUCUCAAUCUUGCUCCUUGCAAGUGUCAACCUCUACCCCACACUUUCACAAGCUUUCUUGGCUUUUCUAUCAUAGCCGCGCUCACGUCUUUUGGUUAUGCAUCAAUUGGUGCUGCACUUUCUCUUGCUAUGCUUUUCCAAGGGAAAGGAAAGAGUACCUCUUUAAUGUGGGGCAGCAAGAUUCAAAGUCCAUCACACUUCUGGAAUAUUCUCAUUGCACUUGGAAACAUUGCACUUGCUAGUUCCUAUUCUCAAAUUGGUGUAGAUAUUCAGGACUCUUUGAAAUCAUCACCACCUGAAAAUAAAGUGAUGAAGACGGCAAAUAAGAUAGGCGUAGGCACUAUGACAACUUUUUUCCUGCUAUGUGGAUGCUCUGGUUAUGCAACAUUUGGUUCAGACACACCUGGAAACAUCCUACUCAGUUCUGGGUUAGGAUACAUUGCCUUUCAUCUUGUGAUACAGUCAAAACAUUUUGUUCACAAAGUUCAUAGGGUUGCCAUCCAACCCAUUUUUAGUUUAGUUGAAACAUGGGCCAGGCAAAGGUGGGCAAGCUCAGGUUUUGUUCAUGGGGAACACCCCAUGAGCAUGGGGAAAAUGAAGAUCAAGCUUAACUUCUUCAGGUUAGUUUGGAGGAGCAUAUUUGUGGUGAUAUUGACUGUUUUGGCUAUGGCAAUGCCCUUUUUCAACGAGAUGAUUGCGCUGUUGGGCCGUAGGGUUCCAGUGGAGAUGUACAUUACAAGAAAAAAAAUCAAAAAGGGAAUGAGGUGGUUUGGCCUUAAAACUUUGAGCUUGCUUUUCAUGUUACUGGCAGUGGCUAGUGCAUGUGCUGCCAUUCGAGGCAUCUAUCAAUCUCUUCACAAAUACAAGCCCUUCAAGUAUAAAGAGUAG